AUGCCCAGCGCAGACGGCUCAGAGGGAGAGCUGGGAGGGGCCCGUUUCCCGGGGCUGAGGCAGGAGCUGUGGGUCCCCAAGGGCAGCGAGGCCUCAUCUUGCCCCAGCGAUGGCGAGGAGCCCAAGGGGAGGAGGAGGAGCAGGCCGGCGCGCUCCAAGGCGAGGAGGAUGGCAGCCAACGUCCGGGAACGCAAGCGCAUCCUGGACUACAACCAAGCCUUCAACGCCCUGCGGCUGGCCCUCAAGCACGACCUUAGCGGCAAAAGGCUCUCCAAGAUCGCCACGCUGCGCAGAGCCAUCCACAGGAUUGCUGUCCUGUCCAUGUCCCUGCGCUCCGGCCCGGCCCCACACUGGCCCUGCGCCCAUGCCGAGUGCCGCCCCUGGUACGAUGGGCCGGGGCAGGAGGAGAGUGCCCAGGGCAGCCGUGCCCAGCUCAUCCAGCUGCCCCUGGAGCCUGGCUACGUGGCUGCUGCAAACUUCCAGCGCUGCCCGCCGUAUGCCGGGCACACCCCUGAGACGCAGGUCCAGCUGCACUACGAGAGCCCGAGGGACGAGUGUUUCGCAUCCGGCCCUGCUUAUCCCUGCCCCCUCGGCGUCAGAGCCGCCUGCCAGCAGAAGCACACGGACAACUUCCGAGAGGCGCCGCCUGGGCCUUGCCCUUGGCAGCCGAGGCGUUUCCAAGGCUCGGGCUGCCAGCAGUGCCUCCCCACGCACUGA